AUGUCUCGAACAGAAUCAUCGAAUAUUAAUCAUUGUAUAGCUCCAUUAAUAACUUCUCCUGUAAAUUGUUUUACUAAAGAUUCAAUACAACGUAGUGAUGAAAUUAAAACAGAAUUUACUUCACGUGAAGGUACAUAUAAAAUAUCAUCAUUAAUUGAUAAUCUUGGUAAAAUUGGUACAAGUACAUGUCUUAAUGAACCAGUUAAAAUAACAUUAUUAUCUCGUGUACAAAAUAUUUGUGAUACAAAUAGUCAAACAAGUUCAAGACGUUCAUCAUCAAUAAAUAAUAAUAAUGAUAAUUCAAAUGAAGAAAAACAAUUAUCAUUAAUUAAUGGAAAUGAAUUAAAUCAACCGAAUGGUAGUAUAUUUCUAACAGAUAUUUUAGCAUUUAAUGUUGGAAGAGAAUUAAUUAUUUAUGAAUUUGCUGAAGCUAUACAGCCAAAUUUUGGUGAACCAAUUGACCAUCGUGUCUAUAAACAAAAUCAUCAACCUACAUGUCAUGAUAUUACUCAAGAUCCAAAUACAAAUAUUUUACAUGUUCUUGUCGGAUUUUCUAAAGGACAAAUACAAUAUAUAAAUAUGCAAACUAAAGAACAAAAAGUAUUUAAUGAAGGAAGUUAUUUGGAUAAAACAAAAGUAACAUGUAUUAAAUGGUUACCUUCUCCUCGAACAUAUUUUCUUGCAUCAUAUUCAAGUGGUUAUUUAUAUGUUUAUGAUGAACAACUUAAUUAUCAACGUGAUACAAAUAUUCAACCAACAUAUUCAACAAUAAAAGAUGAUGAAAAAAAUUUUUCUAUAUCAAAUACAAAAAAUAAAUCAAAACAAGCACGUAAUCCAAUAUCACGUUGGUCGAUUGGUAGUGGUAGUAUUAAUGAAUUUGCUUUUUCACCUGAUAAUGUUCUAUUAGCUGUGGUAUCACAAGAUGGUUUUCUAAGAAUAUUUAAUUAUGAAAAAAUGGAAUUAAUUGCUUAUAUGAAAAGUUAUUUUGGUGGACUUCUUUGUGUAUGUUGGUCUCCCGAUGGUAAAUAUAUUGCAACAGGUGGUGAAGAUGAUUUUAUAACAUUAUUUUCUCUUGAUCCUAAUGAACAUACAUCUCGUGUUAUAUGUCGUGGUCAUGGUCAUACAUCAUGGAUAAAUGCUAUAUCAUUUGAUACAUAUAUGAAUGCUAAAACUUAUUAUUCAUCAUUUAUUCAACCAUCAUCAUCAUUUAAUAAUGAUAAUGAAAAUAAUCAUGGAAUAAAAAAAUUUAUUUCAUAUACAAAUGGUGAUGCAUCCUAUUGUGAUACAAAUAUUCCAUCAUUAUUUUAUCGUAUUGGUUCAGUUGGACAAGAUAAUCGUUUAUGUUUAUGGGAUAUAACAGAAGAUAUACUUAAAAUAAAUAUAAAUAGUAAACAAAAUUCUAUAACAUAUCCAUUAAUAUCAACAACAUCAUCAUCAAUAAUAACAUCAAAUGGUUAUUUAUCAUCAUCAUCUGAUAUAAUUAUCAAUAAUCAAAUAUCAACAACAACAAAAUCUUCAUUUUCAUCUCUAACAUCUCGUCUUUCAUUUGUACGUCAUUCAAAUAAAAUAAAUAAAUCCAUUGAUGAUACAUCUGAUAUUACUUUAUUAACACAAACAAAUGGUUCAUUAAAAAAAUCACGUAAAUUACAAUUAUUUUCAAAUACAUCAAGUGGAAAUAAAUCUAUAUCAUCAAAAACAACAACAACAACAACAAUAACAUCUGAUGAUACAAAUCAAAAUUUAUUAUUAAAUAAUAAUAAUAAUAAUUUAUCAUCACGUCAAACAAGUGUUGAUUUAACUAAAAGUACAUUUGGUACUAAUUUAUGUCCGAAAUUAGAUGAUAUACAAGUUAUUGAACCUAUUAUUACAGAAUUUAUUGCACAUGAACGUUUAAAUGGUAUUUAUUUUGGUGAAAAUUAUUUAAUUACAUCAUCACAAGAUGGACUUAUUACAAUUUGGGAAAAACCACAAAAACUUCUAAAUAUUAAUACUACUGAUGAUCGAACAAUGAGUUCAACAACAUUAAUUAACAGUAAUUCUCAUCAUUCGACAGUUUCUCAACGAUUAUAA